UGCAUUCCUUGAGGAAUGGGGACAGAUCUGGAUGCAAGCAGAGAAGGAAUGGAUCCUUGCAAUGGUGAUGUGCACAAGAACUAAGCCAUGUUCCUACAAUGCAAAGCCUAUGGAAGGAACUACCUACUGAAGGAACCUUAGGCACCUGAGGAGAACUCAUGCUUCAGCUGUGCUGCAGCCUGACUACUCCUCAUGAGAGCCUUCAGUGGAACAUCACCCUGACAAUGUCAGCAGGAGGGACCUCUGCCUGAACUAGAGGAAAAGCAAAGGACCACAAGGACUCUGAGUACAUAUGCCAGCAAAGUAUCAUGACUUCAUUAUGGGUUGGUGGUAAAGGCUUCACCCCCCAUCAAUAUUUCAGCUAUGACAACAGAUCCAGUGAGAAGACAAAAUGGAAUAAUAGCGUUCAUUCUUCCAAAUGGAGCCGACAUAAUUCAGGCAGGCCAGGGGAUCCAUGCUACCAUUGGGCAACAACCAGGAGUGGCACAAUAUAUAGACGAGCAGCUUGGAAGCAACCAACCUGAGCGGAAGCGUUGGGUGAGGGAACUGGAGAAGAAAGUAAAAGUAGAGGCUAAGACUUUAGGGGCCAUCCAGAUCAUGAUUGGAUUGAUACAAACUGGCUUUGGGAUAGUCUCAUUUUUUCUUUUGGACUCAUUCUAUGCCCCUUUGGUCAAUAUGACAUAUUUUCCAUGCUGGGGUGGAAUAUUUUUCAUUGUUUCUGGAUCCAUCUCUGUGUCAACUACAAAAUAUAGGAACCGCAGUUUGGUGCAAUGCAAUGUGGGAAUGCAAGUCACAAGUGCUACAUUGGCAACAAUUGGCAUAAUUCUGUACACAGCACAGUUGUGUAUAAAUCAACCCUAUUUUUUCUAUGGCUAUCCUGGUCCUUAUCCAGAGACAACAUUGCUUUUCAACAAAGUAGGUAAUGGGCUUUGUACUGUGCAUCUCCUGUUCUGCUUGCUGGAGUUCUGUAUCACCGUUCCAACAGCACAUUUUGGGUGUCAGGCAACCUGCUGUAACGAGAUGGACAUGGACCUUGUGCCCAUUGUUAUCGUUGGAGAUGAUGUGGCCCCUGCUGAAAACAAUCCAGUUCCACCAGCUUAUUCUGAUAUAAUGCUUUCUCCAAGUGUUGAUGGUUAGUAAAGAGAGACAGGUUAUGGGAAGUGCUUCACCAGAAAUCAAGCUGAAGUAAAAUUCCAGAAAUAAAAUAAUGUUGAUUCUGCUCAAUACCUGCAAUUAUGUCU